AUGUAUACAUUCACUGACAAUGCAAACCCUUAUGUUUAUCCACCUUUGUUUUCUCUUCUAGACGAGGUUCUUCACUACUUAUUAUGUGGUCUGCACAGUGAGGAUGUAGAGAUUCAGUCUUCCAUGAUGUAUACAUUCACUGACACUGCAAACCCUUAUGUUUAUCCACCCUUGUUUUCUCUUCUAGACGAGAUUCUGCACUACUUAUUAUCUGGUCUGCACAGUGAGGAUGUAGAGAUUCAGUCUUCCAUUAUGUAUACAUUGAGCAGUGUUUAUAGCGACGUUGAUAAUAUCUCAAGUCAACUACAUAAACCAUUGUGCCACAAUAUAUUAGUGGUGUUAGAGAGUACACAGUCACAACAACUUAUCACAAAUACUGUGGGAUUGCUUAAGAAACUAUUGGCUAAUCAAUCUUUGGCAGAAAGUUUUAUGAAUUAUCAUGGAGAUGUAUCACUACCAUCUGUACUCAAAAAGAUAUUGUUACAGUGUUCUGCUGUGAGUAUUAAGAUUGCUGCUGUUCAGUGUCUAUGUCAACUACUGGUUCAAAACGACCAGUAUGCGGCACUUUUUUUACAAGCUGAUAUUGCAGAGUUUCUUUACGAAACCCUCGCUACAACUGAUCAUUUACUAAUUGGUUCUGUGCUGUGUUGUUUAUUAUUACUAAGUAACUCAGAAGACUUCUACAGUAAAUGUCAUAGUGUCUAUGGCAUGGAAGCUAUCAUUAGGUCCAUUCAACACUGCUUGCAAUCAAACCGACUGAAAGUUGCUGCUGAGGGAUUCCAGAUGUUAGCAGAGAUCCUAGAUAAACAACCUGAGAACAUUCCCGUCUUCAGUAAUGUUACUUUACUGCCACAAGUUCUGGUUUUAAUCACAAGUGCAUUACAGCAACACAAUAAAACUGUAGCUCUAUCCGUGUCAUCAACACUUAUUGCUGUCCUACGACCGCAUCAUAUGGGAAAUACAGUUGAUUUAGAAUUAUUAGAGAAGACUUUGAAAUGCUGUUUGCUGGAAAUAAAACACUACAUCAACACAUCGCAACAGACAGCUGUCAAAGAAUCUUUCCUUAGGUGUCUUGUACAACUGAUGGAGAAAGCCAUCAAACUAAAAAUACUGUGGCAAGAAACUUCUUCAGUCAAGUUUAAUAGUGAUACAGGAUUGAUGAUGUUUGCUGAAUUUGUGUUAAAUCUGUGUGAUGAAAGCUGUGUGCCUGUGAUAUUAGCAAAUUACGACAAAGUAAGAUGUGGUGAUAUUUUUGCCUGUUUGUUCAGCAUUCUCAGUAAAUUGAACCAAAUACAACUAGAACAGGCAGUCUCCAAGUUUUACAGCAAACUAGGUAAGUGUCUGGAGAGUUCAGUGAACAGUUUUCUUCUGUUGUUGUGUGGUAAAUUACUGAAUGAUCAAAGUGUACCAGAUAUUGAGAAUAUCAUACCUAUAUUACAAAUUACUUUACCUACAUUGACAGGAAAUGUUGAAGAUUUACUACGUUAUCUAGAACAAGAUAGCAUUGGAAUAACAUCAGAACAAAUUGUGUCUCUUUCACUUUUAUACAUAGCUUAUCUCCAUGGAGACAGGUUGGUUGAUAAAGACUCCUUAGUUGAUGCCUUGGAAACCUUUAUACGAAACCAUGCUGAUAUCUCAAGUCUACCAUUAUAUGCGAUAAAGUUUGUUUUAUUUCUCUUUGCUGGUUCCUAUGAUGUCACUCAAGUAGAGUCAUCUACUGAAGGGUGUGCUUUGUUAAUCCAAGGAUUGAAUCGGGUAUCUGAAAUCUCUGCUGUUUUUACCCACCACUCAGAUGUAUUAUGUUGGUGUUACUCUACUCCAAUUAUUCCCCUGCAUCUAACCAAAAGACUAACAGAGUUGUGGCUGAAUACAAUUCAAUCUAAAGAUGGUGCUGAUUUCUCUUUAGUCAAAGAGUUGCUUUCUUCUAACCCAACAUGCCUACAAGUGUUGUUGGAAUUACUGACUGAUUGUGUUAAUGACACUGUGGAGAUUAUUGUGUCUUUAUUGCAAGACUUUCUGUCUAUGAAAACCAUUGAGGUGGAAACAUUCAGUCUUCUAAAUAGUAGACUAACUGAUGUCUUACAAAGAAUGAUACUUCAAUCUAAACCCAAAACAGGUCAUAUUAAACUACUAUUACCAUUAUUGAUAAAGAUGUAUCAUCAAUGUGACCAACAACUACUACCAGCAGAUGUUAGUAACAUCAAAUUGAUUUAUCACGUUUGUAAACUGUUCAAUGCUGACAAUGAUAUUGAGACUGAAGUUCAUUUUCAUUCUUUAAAUUAUCUUAAUUUUAUACUAAUACAAGCCACCAAGCAAUCAGAUAGUCCAGUAAUAUCAAUGAUACUAUCUAAUAGAUAUAUAAUUAGACUAAUAGAAGGUUGGUCUAAGUUAGAAAGUUUGCCAUCUUAUCAGUGUACAUCCCUAACUACAAUAGCAUUACUCAUAAAACUAGUGCACCAGUACAAGUCACAGGUAGAACAGAUGGUAUCAUUAUGUCUUGAACAUCUGAUCAAGUUGGUCAGCGGACAACAUCCUACAUUGGUCCAAGCAUGUGCCCUGCACGUUUGGAUUGCAAUGCUCUCAGUGGGUUGUAAAAGCAAUAUAAUACAUCUAUACAGAAGCACUUGUAGAUCACAGCUUGCUGAUAGAGAUGUCAGAUUACCAAUACCAACAAAACAACUACAACAACUUUAUAUUCUACUACAAAAUAUCAUUAUACAGAAUAAUGAGUUAUUACAGUCCAGAGGUGUUGAUUGUUUGUAUCAUCUAUUGAAGUAUACUUCAGAUAUAGACACAGAUUUUAAUAAUCAUUUAGUGCACCAACCAUGGAAUGUUCAUUUAAUGCAGCUUGUGUUGGAUUUAUGUGUUCAUACCAAGUCUAUACCAACACCUAUUAUCAACUUAUUUUGUAAUAUUGAGUUUUUCCCAGAGUUUGCAAAGAAUUGGAGACUGCAGAAUAAAGAGAAGAUAUGUCAUAUUUUCCAAGAAUAUCCAGAAGAUGAAGCGAAUACAUCACCACAAACUACAUUAUCUAUUGAAUCUGUGGUGAUACCAAAAUGGACCUCACUGUAUAGAGACAAAAAUCCAGAUAUGAAGACUUCAAUCAUCCAAAAUAUCAAUUCUUUGCAAAAAGAACUAUGAAUUUCUUGUAAAUUUGCAUUCACCACAUUUCUGUUGCUGAGGAAAUUCAAUAAAUGUUGAUACCAGGCAGAUUUGCUC